AUGCGAUCGAAGAAGAUAGGAGGGUCGGAGCUGGAAUCAUUCAUCGGCCAACACCAUCAGACACCACCGUCAGCUAAACUUGAAGAUGAUGAAUUAGAACACAUGAAGUGGCUAAAACCAUAUCGCUAUAAUGAGGUGUGCCUGGUAGGUGAUGACGAGCUCACCAAAGACAGAAGUGUGUUUGUCAAGGGAUGUGAUGUUAAGAACAAUUGGUAUCAUGAUUGGAUUUUAAUCGGAAUGAUUAAGUCGUUGUUCUUGUACCGGAAGCGCAUCGUUCAUCUUCCAUCGAAAUCGGAUUUCAUGGUUAAAAUUGCGAGCUUACCUGCGAACGUUUAUUGUCCGCGACACGCAGCGAACCUAUGUUCUGAUUCAUCUCAAGAACCUGUGAAUGAAAUCGGGACGCAAUCGGGAAAAACUGCAGUCAAACAAAAGUCAAAAUUAAGCUAUUUGGAAAUGAACGAAGGGUUUCAAUUGACUGAGAUUUGGGACAAACAUCCUACCUGCGAACGACCAACCAGUUUGGGAAGAACGAGAGCUAAACAGAAAAGUCAAAAAUGA